CAUCGCCACACCAAUCACCACCGCUCCUCCAAUCCGACAUUUUCUCGCAGCCCGAACCAAGGCGAGUUCGUCGGCGACCAUGUCUGGGCGCGGCAAGGGAGGCAAGGGGCUCGGGAAGGGCGGCGCCAAGCGCCACAGGAAGGUGCUGCGCGACAACAUCCAGGGCAUCACGAAGCCGGCGAUCCGGCGCCUCGCUCGGAGGGGCGGCGUGAAGCGCAUCUCCGGCCUCAUCUACGAGGAGACCCGCGGCGUGCUCAAGAUCUUCCUCGAGAACGUCAUCCGCGACGCCGUCACCUACACCGAGCACGCCCGCCGCAAGACCGUCACCGCCAUGGACGUCGUCUACGCGCUCAAGCGCCAGGGCCGCACCCUCUACGGCUUCGGCGGCUAGGCCCUUCGUGGUCGUCAAUCUUCGUCUCCCCCCUGCAGAUUUCUAAAGCUCGAUGAGAACCUGACUUGUCUAGUUCGCUAUUUCCCCUGUAGUUCCAAGUGAAUCAUGAAACAAAGCUAUUCGCAUCUGGAGUUUGGAAA